CUGAUCGAUGAUACAGAAGAUGCAAAGGCUAGAGAGGCAGAGAUUGAGAUGAAAAGGAACAUUUCUCGACUAUCAUCAGCCCAUUAUAAUAUUAUUAAUGACAGAAAGCCAUAUGAGGAACCCAAGUCUUUAGCUCACUUAACCGUGAAAUAUAACCGCAAAAUAUAUGGCAAAUACGGCAUAGCGAGUGGAGUUAAUCCAAAUAUUUGUUGGCCGACGAAACAAGAAAUUGCUGAUAAAAAAGAAUUUGAAUCAGUUGCCUUUCCUUACACAAUAAAAGAAAUGAUGGAGACGGCAGCAGAGAAUAGGAGACAGCAAAAUUUAAAAAUUGAACUAAGAGAAAAGGAUGUAGCUGCUAAAUUUGCAAAGUUAGAUCAAUGGAAGAAAGAAUUAAAUUCCAAAAUAGCCAAGAAAGCUGCUGAGGUUCAAGCAGCUAAGCAAAAGAAAGAAAGACUUGUGGAAGAGGUGAGGAGACACUUUGGUUUCACAUUGGAUCCUAGAGAUGAAAGGUUCCAAGAAAUGUUGGCUAAGAGGGAGAAGGAACAGAAGAAACAAGAGAAAUUAGCAAAGAGAGAGGCCAAAGAAAAGAAUAUGAUCGCUAAACUACAACAACAGAACAUUGAAAUCAAUGAGAAGAGUUAA